AUGGCCAAGACCGUCAUGUUCUAUGUCGCGCCACAGCAAGUAGCCACGCCACCUGACGAUCGCAAACUCAAGUUAACCAAGGCUACGGUACAGGAAACGCGUGCAGUCGAGCCGACUUUGGAUGCCCGGGCCACUCUACUCCCAUAUGGCUUUCUCACGCCGAGCGGCUGCAACUCACUUAGGAAACAAUAUUUUUUGCCAGGACGAGUUGACAUUUUCCUGUUGUGCUUUGCAGUGGACAGUCGGGAAACACUGGCACAUGUCACGACCCGGUGGUUUCCGGAAGUAAAAAAGCUGCAAGAUUUGUGCAAAGCCCAUGGCGUGCCCGCACCCGUUGCUGUGCUCGUGGGCCUCAAAACCGAUCUUCGGCACAAUCGAGACAACAAUGCCGUCAUUAUGGACUAUGCACCCGCCGUCUCACCCGCAAGUGGUCGUCAAACAGCCGCCAAGCUCGGCCUCCCCUAUGUCGAGUGCAGUUGUCGAGCCUUGGAAGUGCAGGAUCGCAGCGAUGCCCCGGACAGCACGACAGGCCUCGAUGAUCUUCCCGCGUCCAGUUCGGGCGGCCGCCUGGCAGAACGAUUGCGCCAGGCGCGGCAGGACAUUGCCGACGCAGGUGAAACUUUGGAUGUGGCCUCGAGUGACAACGAUCCCGCCCUUGUGCUCGCGGCGGCCCUGGCCACCUGGCUAGAAGCACAAGCCACCAAUGCCACAUGA